CAGGAAACAGAGUCCCCGCCGCUCCUCUCUCUCUCAGCACUCCCGCCUCCUAUCUUCACUCCCGCCACUCCCCCAAAAUUCCCCACGGAGAAGAAGGAACCCUAGACUGCUUUGGCGCGGAAUCAACAUGGAGAACCAGCGGAGCGCUGUCGGCUGGCGAAUCCACCCUCCUCCGCCUCCCCAUCUCCCCCCUCCACCCCCUCCAUCCACGCAAGGGCAUGACGACCAGAAAUUUGGGGAAAGCCAAGAAAUCUCCAUAGAAGGUACCGCUAAGAAUUCUGGUAGAGCCAAGUGGAAUCAUCAGAUGAAGGCAUAUCUCAUUGAACUCUUAAGAGAUCAUGAUGUUCCCAAAUACCGGACACAAAAUGCAUGGAGUAAAGAGGCCUGGACAAGUAUUGUUGGUAAAUUCAAUCAAAGAUUUGAUUUAUCCUUCACGAUAGUUCAAGUGAAGCAAAAGGAGCAGGAUCUAAAGAGAGAUUUCAAAGCUGUAAAAGACUUAAUAUCUGAAAGUGGUUUUGGCUGGGAUCGUGACAGAAAGAUGGUGGUGGCUCCAGAUAAUGUUUGGGCUGCACUAGAGGCACGUAAAAACAAGGACGCCCUCACGUGGCGAGGAAGGUCAUUUCCAUACUAUGAAGAUCUUUUUGCUCUAUAUGAUGGACGCUAUGCUCAGGGAAGGAGUUGUCGUGGCAUGGAUUAUUAUGCGAACAGAGCAACACAACUCUCACAGUUUCCAACAUCACAUUCACCACAAUUGCAAGGGCUGGAGGCGCAUUUGCACACACCGACUCCAACCAUACAUGCUCCUGGUGAUUCAUCCAUGCAAUUUGACAUUGAAGAGGAUAGUGAAAACACAAAUUGGUUUUCUAGCAAUAAUACAUUCAAUCAAGUGGAGGCAAACUCGGCUCAAGGAAAUGACUUGACAGUACAUGCUCCACAAGUUGAAGCAAUAUCAAUUUCCUCACAACAUGUUGGACAAACCUUGCAUGAAAUUCCACAAGUUGUACAUCGCAAUCGUCGACCAUCUAGCUCAGCUCAUGAGGUUACUAGCAGGAAGAGAGCGAAAAAGCAAAAGACGACCAGUAUUGAUGAUUUUCAUGAGAGAUACCUGAAACUCAGAAGGGAAGAAAUAGAUAGGUAUGCAGCCAGGAGAGUAAAUUAAAGGACCCCUUCAGCAUCAAGAAAUUCAUCAAAGCACUUGAAAGGUUGGAGGGUCUUUCGAUGGCCGAUAUGCUAAAAGCUGCGGACAUCUUCACCGCCAACAAGGAGAACAGGGAAGUAUUUCUAUCAUUUUCAAGUAACGAAUUACGGUUAGGUUGGUUGACUGGAAAAAUUCGGAAUACCUAAUCAAAUGGAACUAGUAUUUCGUACUAGGGGAGGGCAAGCUUAAAACUGAGAUAUAUUUUGUGCAUGUGCAUUUAUGGACACAUGGAUAUGAUCCUUGGCGUAGGUAACUUGUAAUAGGAUGUGAUAUAUUUUGUACAUGUGCAUCUCUGGACACAUGGUUAUGAUGCACUUGUCAUAUUUAAUAGUAGGUUGUGCAUGUGCAUUACUGGGCACAUGAUUAUGGAAGUGUCAAACUCAUUCAAAUUUUAAUGCAAUGUUAAAUGGCUCCUAAAGCAAUGUCUUUCUGCAGUUUUUGACUAAAAUAAUCAUAUGCUUAUCUUCUAGCAAUGUAAUCUGCCCAUAUUGAGUACAGUACAACCAAAUAGUUACAUAACAUAAGGGAAAAUUACACAAUACAUAUGCUUAUCUUCUAGCAAUGUAAUCUGCCCACAUUUGCAUUGCCAUGGCAUCUCGCAUCUCAUUUCCAGCUUGUCUCAAGUUGUUAAAUACAAUCACAUCUUUUUUGUAUUUGACAUCUCCAUCUGGUACAUCCUUCAUAUUGCUUUCAUUAACAUCCAUUGUAGCUCUAUCAGGCAGUGUCAUAUCUCCAUUGUGUAGCCUUAUGAAAUUGUGCAAUACACAACACGCUACAACAGUAUCAACUUUGUGUCAAUAUCAAACAUUGUAGCUGCCUUUAGUAUGGGAUACCUUGCUUUCAGUAUGCCAAUAAUUCUUUCGACAUGAUCUCUUAGGUGUGCAUGUCGAAGGUUAAAUAACUCCUUGUAGCACUGUGGCCUUUGCUGAACUCUUCCUUGUUCUUGUAAAUGGUAUCUAGUUCCUCGGUAUGGAGCAAUGAAUUGGGGUGUAUUUGCAUAACCUGCAUCUACAAGAUAAAAUUUUCCAGGCGGUACAUUGAAUCCAUGGUCUAGUGCAUCUUGCAAAACCCUUGCAUCUGAUGUAGAUCCCUCCCAUCCAGCAUGUACAUGCACAAACUUCAUGUCAAAGUCACAAGCAACCAUUACAUUUUGUGAAAGGCCUUGUUUUCUAUUUCUGUAUGGGUCUU